AUGGGAAAGUUCUUCGUCUUCUUCCUCUUCUGGACUUCUUGUCUUAUCCAAGUGGAAACUCUUACAAAGUUCCGCAUUGGUGGUACGGUGACUUGCGACUACAACAAAAACUAUGACUACCACGUCACUCUUUAUGAAUGGGACGUGUUACAAGACAAUCAAAUCGGACUUGUCAGUUCAGGCAUCGGUCGUGGGUCAGGUGGUUUCCAUAUCGAGGGAGAGGACACGCACGAUGGACUGGGGAAUUACUACUUCGACCUAUACGUAGAGAUCGUGCACUCUUGCAAUUCCUACGUCAAUUUAAAGCAAAAGUACAACUACUUUUUGGGCUACUUCCUGAUUAAGCAUGGAGAGGAGUACGUCAUGUCCUAUAACAUCAACAUCACCAAUGCUGGAAAAUAUAUGGCAUCGAGAAAGCUCAUCAACACCGCGGGUUUUGCCAAGUUCAACAACGAGGAUUCCGAUUUGGGUUUUCCAUUGAAAUGA